AUGGCACCGAAAUACAUAAAACGCGUUACGUUAUUCAAAAUACCAAACGAAGAGGAUAUCGAUGCUGUCCUUGCCCAAUACGAUAUAUUAAGAAAGACUGCCCAGAAGGAUGGCGCAUCAUAUAUUGUUGCCAAUGAAGCACGUCGCAUCGAAAACGCUGCUGAAGAGCGCUCUCAAGGUUACACAUUAAUCUCAAUCACAACCUUCAAUUCAAAGGAGGAUUAUAAUUACUACGACAAGCAAUGUUCUGCACAUGCCAAACUUCGUGACUUUGCUGCCACCAGACGCACAGGAGUUGCGGUUCUGCAGUUGGAAAGUGAUUUAGGAGUCGGACCUUGA